AUGGGUGCUGCAAGCGCCUCACGUCUGCGCUGGACAGUACCCCCAGCGGCAAUUGCGGCUUAUACUGCGGGUCAAUGGACGCAGCCUAGCAGGCGUCCCCAGAAAACCAACUUCUCCACAUCUUCUACUCAUCACGACGCCAAUUCAAAGUCUCGGAGCCAUUCCUCGGGCGAAAAUGAUCCACAGACGACUGAGAAUCAAGGAUCCGUUUGGGCGAAUAUUGUACAGAAACUUGAUGAAGUGAAACAUACUGUUGGGGUACCAGAGUGGGGUGAACUAGGGGGAGGCAUUACAAACUACAUUGUCCCCGAUUGGGCGCGAUUGCUACCAGCGACAGUCCAGAAGCUCCAGCGUGAGCUUUCAGUGGCACCUGGGUCUCUGGCCGACGAAAUUUGGAAGGAAGCACAUGAUCCAGACGCCAAUCCAGAGAUCCUGAAAAAUGCCAAGGUGCGGGUGAGCGGAGACCUCUGUCAGGAAGAGAAAGAAUUUCGAAACAAAAGACAGCAGCAUGCCGUCAAAGCACUGGCAUCAUAUCUUAAUCUCUCCGAAGGCGACAUUCAUCCUGACGAUGUACCCGUGAUCGCCAUGUGCGGGUCCGGUGGUGGACUACGGGCCCUAGUUGCCGGGACUGGGUCAUAUCUAGCUGCACAGGAGUCUGGCCUGUGGGAUUGUGUCACCUACACUGCAGGAGUCAGUGGUAGCUGUUGGCUGCAAACUCUAUACCAUUCCUCAAUCUCAGGUAGGAAUUUUGAUAAGCUCGUCGACCAUCUGAAAAGCCGGCUGGAUGUACACAUUGCUUUCCCGCCAAAAGCGCUGAACCUCCUUACCACUGCCCCAACCAACAAGUACCUCCUUGGUGGGUUGGUUGAGAAACUCAAGGGGGACCCUGGCGCAGAUUUUGGGCUUGUCGACAUAUAUGGUCUCCUGCUUGCGGCACGGCUGAUGGUUCCUCGAGGAGAACUGGGUGUAUUAGACUCUGAUCUCAAGUUAUCCAGCCAACAAGCAAACCUUCUCAGUGGCGAGCAUCCUAUGCCUAUAUACACCGCUGUGCGACAUGAAAUUCCCAUGAUUGAGGAUAAUGACGAGGGCAAGCGUGCGAUGCCCGAGGAGAUGAUGAGGAAAGCAAACCGCGAAGCUUGGUUCCAGUGGUUUGAGUUCACACCGUACGAGUUCUUUUGUGAGGAACUCAAUGCCGGUAUUCCGACCUGGGCUUUAGGACGACACUUCCAAGGUGGAGAGAGUCAAAUAUCCCCCGGGAACUUUCCCAUCCCCGAAUUACGGGUUCCAGGUUUAAUGGGAAUAUGGGGAAGUGCCUUUUGCGCAACUCUGUCUCAUUACUACAAAGAAAUCCGGCCUCUGGUGGCAGGUCUUACCGGAUUCGGUGGAAUCGAUUCUCUUAUCCAAGGCAAAAAUAAAGAUUUGAUCCGAGUCCACCCUAUUGACCCGGCCACCAUUCCCAAUUACGUGAUGGGAAUGAAAGAUCAACUGCCUGACUCGUGCCCGGAGUCCAUCUUCCAGAGCAGUCAUCUUCGUCUUAUGGAUGCUGGCAUGAGCAACAACCUUCCGAUCUACCCGCUUCUCAGACCAGGACGAGAUGUUGACAUUGUUGUCGCCUUUGAUGCGUCUGCCGACAUCAAACGUGAGAACUGGCUUUCGGUCGUAGACGGUUAUGCCAAGCAGCGCGGAAUCAAGGGCUGGCCUGUGGGCGCUGGAUGGCCCCAAAAGGGUGACAGCCUGGAAGCCACAGAAGAAGCCCUGCGUGAGCCACAGAAUAUCACAGAGGACAAAGUAAACCGGAAGAUGACCGAAGUCCAAAACAAAUUUGAAAAUCGGCUCGACUCCUCAAAAAAUACCGGUUCUGGCAAGGACGAGUCCGACCUAGACUAUUGUAAUGUUUGGGUUGGCACGACAGAGGAACGGACCUCCAAGGACGAACCGCCGCCAUCCAAGCGUCUUUUCUACCGCGAGAAUGCCACCGAUCACUCCGACGAAGACUUCCACCUUAUGCGGCCAGAUGCUGGUAUCGCCGUGGUCUACUUCCCUCUCAUCCCCAACCCAUCGGCCCCUCAACUUCCACCUGUUAAUAACAACCGACCUCUUGCGGCUGCCCAUUCUAUCCAGUCCCAAGCCAAGGACGAAGAAGAGAAGGGCCCGACACCUCACCCUAAUACCAUUGACCCUGAUGUGGACGACUUCUUGUCUACCUGGAACUUCGUCUACACCCCUGAACAAAUUGACUCGGUUGUGGGGUUGGCGAAAGCCAAUUAUUCCGAGGGUGAUGAACAGGUGCGCCGAGUUGUUCGCGCAGUCUAUGAGCGCCGAAAAGCUGAUCGAUUGCGUCGAGAGGAAGAAGAGACGCGCAAACGUAUGGAGGGAUUUGUACCCCUAUAG